CUUACUGGAGUUAAAAGUCGAUUAUUUCUUAUCGAGUUAUAACUGCAGAAAGUCGAUUAUUAUCGACUUUUGACGAUCGACUUUCGACUUUUGCUUUGACACUUUUACACGGCAUACGCACAUAAACACGUGACAAAAAAGCAGACCUAUACCUACGUAUAUGUAUUUCUGGUCAAGAGUGUACAUACGCAUGAAAGCAUGAAAAUAAUCUUAAGCUUAAUUGAAAAUUCGCUAUAAGGGAAGUCAACACGUGUUCAGAUUUUCAUAAUUAAUCUGAUACUGAUUAAUCCUGAAUACACCUUCCUCGAAAAGUCGGUUGUGGCGGCAAUAAAUCUUUGUUAAUAUAGUUUAUUUAUUACGAUGGCUCCAAGUGCUGUGUGGUGCUAUUUUCGAAAAAUAGAAAAAAACACCAAAGUGAAAUGUGAUAAUUGCGGUAAAGAAUACGUGUACAAUAGUAGUACUACUACUUUGGCAAACCAUUUAAAGUCUGCUCAUCAGAUAGUGAUUGCGAAGCAGCAACCUACAAAUGUUAAGAGAAUGAAAUUCUCUCAUCUAGAAAAAGAUAGGACGGAAGAUCCUUUUGAGUCGAAUAAUGAAAUUCAGGUACGAAAACAUAAACUAAACAAUUUUACUGAUAUGUGCACUGUAAAAAAGGUAUUGUAUUUUGCAAUUUAAACUGUAAAAUUACAUGAAUAUGUAGUAAGAGACCAUACUUAUAUUACAUAACGCUUUAGGGGUUAGGGGGGGGGUCAAGAUAUUCGUUACACUUAGCAUAAAAUUGGUGCUUGUUAUUUCAUUAAAGUUAAUCCGUAUCAAUCUGUUGUUUGGUUGUUUAUUGAUAGCAUUUUAUGCCUAGUUACAAUUUUGAACUUAAUUUUUAAACUUAUAAUUAUGUAAAAUUUUUGUUAACUGAUUUUAAUAAACAACGAAAUAACAGAUUGAUACUGAUUAAUCAUUAUACAUAUAAUGAGCUUUGGGAAAUAAUUUAUAUAAAAAUAAGAUUUCUUUUAUAUUUAAAAAUACUUAUAAAAAAUUUUUAUUUUUGUGUAAAUCAUUUUUUAAAGUUUAACUAUUAACACAUAACUUAGUAAAGGUACUCCUCGCAAGCUGAGCAUGUAAAAUUACAUUACUUUUAUUACAGUGUAUUAGUAAAAAUGAGUAAUUCAUUCAUUUUUGUAGACAAAAAUUAUAUAAUAAAAUUUAUUUUAUUUAGACUUCUAUGAGUAAGGAUGUUGAUACAAUUGUAAUAGACGCGCCUUCUACAUUUGAAAGUGGAACAAAUAAAUCUAGUAUUUCUACAUCAGCUUCUAAAAUAUCUCUUGGGCCGAUGGACAAGUGCAUUAGUAAUGCUGUUUCAUUUUCUGCUGGAGGACAUAGGGAUAUUGCUGUUACAAAUGCAUUACUUUUUAUGCUGGUAAAAGACGAUAUGCCUUUGCGUACACCUGAGCGAUCGGGAUUUAAAGCUUUCGCCAAAGCAAUUCAACCACAUUAUCGUAUUCCUUCUGAAAACACAUUGACAAAAAAACUAGAAAAUAAAUAUAUCGAGUUACAAUUAAAGUUUUCUAUAGUGCUUUCCAAAUGUACAUCUAUUUGCCUAAGUGCUGACAUUUGGACUCAUGUAAGCACUAUGAGGUCUUACUUAGGCGUUACUGCUCACUUCUUGGAUGGUAAAAUUUUAUUUUUUUACUUUCACUAUUAUGUUGCUUAAAAAAAGUAAUUUAAAUCAAUUAUUUCAUUUUUGAAUUUGCUUAUUCAAAUUUACUUUUUUUGCAGGAACUGAAAUAUCGUCAAUAGAACUUUGCGCAAAGCAACUGACAGAAAGGAAAACAAUUUCGUACUUACGUAAAGUUUUAAAUGAUAUUUGCAAAACGUGGAGUAUUAAUUAUGAGCAAAUUGUAGCUGUUGUCACAGACGGAGGUGCAAAUAUAAAGGGAGCAGUAAAAGAAGAAUUCGGAUUGCAAAAACAUAUAAGUUGCAUGGCUCACAGUAUAAACAAUAUAGGACAGGCAUGCAUUGGUCUCUCACAACAAAAAGUUCCUUCUGAAAAGGAUAAUCCCCUGGAAAUUCCUGAAGAUGAAAAUGAUAUUGAUGAUGCUGAAGCAGAGGCUGCAGAAAAUGAUAUUGAAAGUGAUAUUGAAAGAGGAUCAAAUCCCUCUGAUUCUCAAGAUAUUUUAAAAAAUCUUAUCAUCAAAGUCAAAAGAAUUGUACGCUUUUUUCGACGAAGCGAAGUCGCAUCUUCGGAGUUGGAGAAACUCCAAAAAGAGGGUGACAGAGGAACUAUACCUGUAAAAUUAAUACAGGAAGUUAGAACCAGAUGGAAUUCCUGUUUCAACAUGCUAGAAAGGUUUUUAAGUUUUGCGGAUUUUGUAACAAUUAUACUGAUGAAAAUCCAAAGAGAAAAAAAUACAAAAUCCAAACCACCUAGCAUGUUGAGCAGCGAUGAAAUAGAAGCUCUAACUGAAGUCCGAGACUUGUUGAAGCUACUGUGGCAAGUUACGUUGGAAUUCUCAUCAGAGAAGACAGUAACUUUAAGCAAAUGCAUACCCUUAAUUCAUAUAAUGAAAAAUGUGAGUACAAUUAUAAAUUUUUGAAUAAUUAAUGAAAGGUUGUCAUAAUAUAAACAGUUUAUGAUUAUAAAAAAAUUAAAAUAAAUAAAUUAUAUUUUUUCAGAAAAUUAAAGAAUUUGUCCCUGCAACGGCGGUAGGUUUUAACCUACAGCAAAAACAACUCUCUUUAAUUGAUGCGAAAUUUUCGAAUCUCGAAGCCGUUAAGAUUUAUGCGUCAGCAACUCUUUUAGACCCUAGGUUUAAGCG